UAGCCCAGUCACAUACAUUAUUCUCAACAUCAGAAGAACGACAGAUGCAAACCAUGAGAUGGCCUUCAGGGGUAAAGUGGCCGACACGAGGACAGUGCUUGUGCACAUGCUGCUGUGCCUCGUCAUAUUCUACUCUCUCUACUACAUGAUUGGGAGUGUGUGUUUCGGCGCUUUCAGGUUGGAUCACUUUGAUGGACUUAUUCCCUUUGACUUUAAGACUGAACCAACCAAUUUGGAAUCCAACUCCAAAUACCUGGUGAACCUGCUGUCCAUGGAGUUGACCUAUUUCUGCAGUGGUCUGCUGUUUGCAGCCGUGGUGAGGAGAUGGGUCUGGGACUACGCUCUCACAGUCACACUACUGCACGUACUGCUCACCAGCCUGGUGAUGUUGGAGUUUCCCUUGGUAUGGCAGUGGUGGCUGGCCCUUGGCAGCGGGUUGUUUCUGAUGAUCUGUAACGGUCAGCUGAUAGCUUACUUCACCUGCCAGAGUGACCAGAGUUACCCCACCUUCAACAGCUACUGAGUACACACACACACACACACACACACACACACACACUGACAAGAGUUCUUUGCAGUGAGUCCAGUUUGAUUGUUGCACUUUGUUUCUGUUGGACCGGCUUCCCAGACACCAAUUGAGCCAAGUGAUUCUCCAAUGAGCAAACUUUUGAGUCCAGGAAACAGCUCAUAUAUGUCAUAUCUGUAGUAUGUAAUAUCUGUAGUAUGUAAUAUCGGUGGUAUGUAAUAUCUCUGGUAUGUAAUAUCUGUAGUAUGUAAUAUCUGUGUUCUCUAUGAAUGUUAAUCUUAUGUCAGACAAUGUUAAUCAUGUAAUUUAUCAUCUUAGAACUAUUAAACCAGCUGUAACCUCGUA